UUGAUUGAAUGUGAUAAACAAAGCCUAAAUUCACUCCAAAAGCACUUAAAAAUUUAUAAAGUAAGACGAAAAAUUGAGGUCCGUGAUCUGACUGGUGAUUUUGAUGUUUAUGCAUUGUAUAAUAUUGAAAAUGCUUUAGAAACCAAACAUGCACAUAUUUCAAAUCCAGGAAAAUUAGAAGGCACAAUAGUCUCCUGCACUCAGUUGAACACAACUCUCCCUAGUGGUUUGAACACCUUUAAAAUGUAUAAGGAUCUAGCAAUUUUUGUGGACCCAAGAAUCGUGUUUUUGGGUAAUAGAAUUAUUGCACCUACCAACUGCAAUAUUGAAGAACAACUUAGAGAAUUAUAUCAGUUUAACUGGAGUGCAUCAAAACUAAAUUAUCAGUGGUUUAGAUAUAAACUAGGUGUAGGAGAAGGGAUUAAUGAUUUACCACCAGGCAACUGCUUCCCUUUAGAAAGCAAUUGUGAUUAUUUACAUGGUGUAAGUUUCCAUAAAGGAUGCUACAUUGGACAAGAACUUACGGCACGAACACAUCAUACAGGUGUUGUUCGCAAACGACUAAUGCCCUUACAGUUUAUAAAAAUACCUACAGGAUCUGUGGAAGAUUUGAAAAUCCAAAGAAACGGUAAAAGAUUGGGUAUUUUGAGAGGCAUCAAAGAUGACUCCGGAAUAGCUCUACUUAAAAUAUCUGAAGCUUUGGAAAUGAAAGAGAUUGAAAUAGGAAAUGGUUUGGCAAAAACAGAACGUCCGUUUUGGUGGCCUGUAGAAGCUCCAAAAGAAGUUAUUUCACAAAAAGGCUAAAAUUGCAAUUACCCUUGUAAAAACUUGAUAACUGUAGUAGUACAAUCUAAUAAUAAAUUAUUACAAUAUUUUACUGAAUUAUUAAGAAAAAAGAAACGAUAAUCUAA